ACAACACAACCUUCCUGUAUCUAAUAGUGUUUGCAGUUGCGCACAGCAGGUAGAAAGUCAGGUCAUUCAGGACUGAUCUGUUCUGAAGAGGGUGUGUUUAGAUCCCAGAGACGUUUGCGGAGACGUUUCUUUAAAUUCUUUACUGUGCAGGUCAGCAACGUACUUCUCUCCUCCGUCUCAGAACAAACGUCAGACAUGGCCUCAGGUGUAGCCAUCAGUGAUGAGGUGAUAGAACACUAUAAUUCAAUCCGGGUGCGCCAAGUGGGAGCUGAUGCGGGCCAAAGGUUUAAACUUGUGGUUAUGCGCUUGAGCGACGACAAAAAGAGCAUCAUAGUGGACUCUGAAAACUGCCUAAAAGUCAAAGAUGUGGAGAACACGGAUGUCUUAAAGAAGGUCCUCAGUAAGCUUCCUGUCGAUGACUGCCGCUACGGCCUGUACGACUGCAGAUAUGAGAACAAGGAGAGCGUGAAGGAGGACCUAGUCUUCAUCUUAUCUGCCCCUGAAUCCGCCAUGUUAAAGAGUAAAAUGGUCUAUGCAAGCUCAAAGGCUGCUCUUAAGGCCAAAAUGCCAGGUUUGAAAUUUGAGUGGCAAAUUAAUGAACCUGCAGACAGAGAAGCAUCAUGUCUUGUGGAGAAACUUGGUGGAAACCUGAAGUCUUUGGAGGGGAAACCUGUGUAAAAUUAGACCAGUCAGACCAAUGACCCAACAAACUCCUUAUCAGUCUGUUGGUCAAAAUGAAAAAUUUUACCUCUAAGAUUUUUUUUUAGGUAUGUUAAUAAACCAGUAUUUGUCAUUUGGCCAAGUGAGAACAACUCAUAUUUAUCCAUUUACAAUUAAUGAUCAUCAUUAAGCAAAUACCAGCACUUUUUUGUGACAAACCAUAAAAAAUAUAGAAUAAUGACAGCAAAAAUCCUGUAUUAGAAAUUACAGUUGGACUGUGUUACCUAAAGCAACUAUGCGUACUUGAAAAAUAAAAUCAUGUGAUUUUCAAAAACUUUUAA